AUGUCGUCUGAUAUAGUAGACAUCUCUUCUAUUAUUGGAAAAGAAAUAUCUGUUGUAAAGGAUCCUGAUAUUGCAUGCACAACUUUAUCAAUUGAUCAAACAAUCAGGUUGGAUGGAAUUCCAACACCAAUUAAAAAUCAAAUAUUAUGUAUAAAAAGAUGCUUGGAUUAUCUAAAUUUAACCAAUGAAAUGGAACAUCUUGAUCAAUUAUUGCUAGAAUUGGAAAUGUCUGAAAUCAAAGAUCUCACAACAUUUACAGAUCCAUGUCAAUUAAUUAAAUCACUUAAUACAGAUAAUAGUUUUAUUGUAAUCGAUGGAUUCCAAGAAUCGUGCGAUGCAUAUCUUGUAAGAGGAACAGAAAAUGGAGAAAUAACAUGGUGGGUAUUAUUAAAUUCAAUGACAUGUAACAACGAAUAUAUUGCAAUUGAUUCAUACGCAAUAGAUUAUUCCAGAUUAAACGAAUUUGAUUCCUUUAAGCACGGAACAAUUGCAUGUUCAUUCUUGAUCAAUGAAAAUAAAAUAUUUGAAAGAGAAGAGCAUAAACACCCUAUUAGAAAAAUACAAUCAUCAAAUGUAAUUGAAUCCCUUGAAGAAUUAUACCUUGAAUACGAAGGGAAAAUAACAAAAGUUAAUAAUUUUGAUGCAUUAUGUUCAAAUUCAUCAAGAGAUGAUUCAUACACAGUUUUUUACUUUAAGGAUAAUACAUGUGUUGGAAUUUCAACAAUAGAAGGAUUUACAAAAGUAUAUAGUACUGAACCAUUUUUUGAAUUUAACGGUAUUUCACUAUAUAUUGUUAAAGAUGGUCAGAAAACAAUCAGAAAUUCAACAAUAAAUAAGCAAAAGAAAGUGGCCAAAGAAGCACAAAGAUCAAUUGAUGAAUUUUGCCUCAAUUAUACAGAAACUGUUGCAAAAAGUAUUUUAAGGGAUUAUGAAUCCCAAAUUUCUGGAAUAUCUAAUAACUUUAAUACCCCAGAAAGUAUAAUGAAAUUUAUUACAAAUAUGUUAUAUAAUAAAGACCCAAAUGAAACACAGAAAGCAUUCGCUUCAUCAACAGUAUUCCGCCCCUCAGAUAUUAAUGAUCCAAUUAAACAUCGAGUUUUCUUUUUAUCAACUCCACCUGGAUCCGGAAAAACUGCAUGCGAAAUAAUGCCAGCUGUAUAUGAAAAUUUUAAACAAUCAUUUAAAUCGGAUUCGGAACAAUCCAUAACAAUCAUUGCAACAUCUCUUGUUCAAGUAUCUGGACAAAUUUCUUCAGCUUGUUUUUCUCUUUAUGGAGGAAAUGAUAAGUGGCUAAAAGUUAGAAGACUAGAUGGUGGCUCAAAAGAACUUUUAGGCGGAAAACAGCAAAACACAAUAUUUUUUAAGCCAAAAUUUGCAAAAGAGCAUGUUCUUGAUAGUGAAGCGAUCCGAAAAAGAAUAUUAAAGGGAUUUUCUACAGAAACAUUAAAGGAAUAUAUGGAAGCUGUAUUCAAAGAAGCCAAGCUGAAUAUCGAUGGAAAUAUUUUCGAUCAGGUUCUGAAAAAUUUCACAGAUCCCAAUUCUUUUCGCAAAAAUACCAUUCCAUUUAUUUAUGAAGGAAUAGAUUCAAAAGGACGUUUUAAUGCAGAUGUACUUGUUGGAACUUAUGAAAUGAUUUAUAGUACUCUUAUUAACACUUUAGUCGGAAAUGAAAAAGUUGACAACAAAUCGGCAGAACAGAUUGCAAAUAGAAUAAAAUAUAUAAUAAUUGAUGAAUGGGAUACAAUAUUCAGACCAAAAAUAGCAGACAAAAAUCCAAUAUCUGAAGUACUUGAUCAAAGAUUUUCUCAUUCCUAUGGUAUUAUUGCAUUAGCCCUUUUAUUACUUAAAAAGAAUCCUAAUUGUAAAUUAAUUCUUGCCUCUGGAACUGGUUCUAAAAUGCUGAAGAUUUGCGAAGAAAAUAUUUUAACGGGAAAAAGCUCUAAUAUGCUUGAACCUUUGUUAAGAUGUAUACCAACUAAAAAAGAAUUAGAUGAUGCAUUAAAAGUUAUUGAAAAUGAAUCCAACAAUCAACUUUCAAAAGAAAAACAAGUAAUGUUUGUUAAGAAGUCAAAUACAUCCUCAUUAGAUAAUGCAAAAAGUUGUUGGAAUGUAUAA